UAGAAGCUGCCGAUCCGUGCCCAACUUCGCCAGCUUGGCUCUCCUGGAGAAAACUCACCGAGGCGAAAUAGCGGCGUGGAGAGCGCCUGCUUUCAAUGGCCUUCAACAAGUAAACCCAACAGAACGUCAGCUACGCAACUUGUCAGGGAACCAAUGCAACCUCGGGACGAGUCCUAGGACAGCUGCUAUCGCCGGGCCCGACGCUGUCAGAAACAGGAUUGCUGUAUCAGGGCGCCAAAAGACCUUGAUGCGACGAGGCAUGCGGGAAGCGAGUUGUAACGAUUAUUUUACACCAAGGAAGCUCGCGUCAUGGGCUUCGAGAUGAAGACAUGGACUGACAUGGGCAAUCCUUCCUUUCCCCGAGACGAUAUGCAUCACAAAAUCGGACAUCCUUGUCUCGCUCCUAUGCAAUCUCUUCGCGUCGAUCGAAUGAUAUGGUGGAGCAUCCGAACAAACCUCUUGUUUUUUCAUGUCGUGGCUUGUAUCUUUCCCGUCGGUCUCUGCUCACGGCCGAGUUUCGGCACACGGCCAGUGGCAGGAGCCGACGGAGAGAAUAGGAUGCAGAAUCCAACCUCUCCAGACAGGAGGAGUGGUGCCCUUGUCAGUUGGGGUCGAUCCAGAAAUGCCCUCAUGGCUGUCAGAUCUCUCGCAGCAGGGAUUCAGUCAGGCCGAUGUACUCCACGAGUACCUCCGUACCCUUGCUUGAACCGCUUCCUUUGUCCUCACCCUUCCAUUCACGUCCAUGACAACAGACUGCCUGGCAUGUGUAUAUUGGUGAGACUUUUCCCGGUAGGUAAAUCCUCUGAUACGCCGUUGCGAGGUCGCUCAUAAGGGGUUUGCUACAUAGGUAUAUCAGAGGACAGGAUACGGAGUAUAUGGUGCAGAGUACUCCGGGCCAUGUCCCGACUUAACGCCGACAGGAACGGGAAGUCUCCGAGCUGAGCUCCGUGAAUGACCCUGAGCCAGGCCGG